GACUGCGCUUUCGCUGUCGAGAAUGCCGUUAACGACGAAUUGAUAAAAAUUGGAGGAUGUCUUCUUGGCAUCACGCUCCUCAGUUUCUUCACUUCCGCUUUGGCCUUUGUGCUUGCGCGCAACAUAAAAGUCUACGAUAAACUGUAA